UAAAUUAGACUGUGCGUGUGAAAAAAAAAUAUUCGAUAUAAUUGAUAAAAUAGAUAAAUCAAGAAAAAGUUAUAACAAAAUUAUAAAAAAAAAAAUACAUUUGAAAUACGGGUUUGGUUUUGUUACUACAUGCCUAGUACCAUUACUUGGAAUAAUUUUACCAGUGUUAGAUAUGAUAGAUAGUAACAUUAUGGUUAAUAGUAGUCAGUCUUCUCAAGGUUAUAAAACUAUUUUGAAUGCAUCAGGCAUACCCAUGGAAUUUUCAUAUAUUUACAUUGCAUUCUUUUUAAUAUUAUCAUAUAUAAUAUUGGCAAUCAUUAAUUAUAUAAUGGUAAAAAUUAUGUAUUCAGUAAAUAGUAAUAAAAUAAAAAUAUAUGAAAGCAUAAAAUUUUUAUAUGAUUUCAGUAAAUAUCAUUUUGUAUUAGGUGAAAUAGUUGAGAAAAUUUUACAUUUAUCACUAAAAUUUAUAUAA